AUGGGAGUGUUAUUUCAAGUGCUUGUUGUUUCCAUUCUUACUGCUUCUCUUUACAUGAUCUGGAGAAUAUUGCUUUCUUGCUGGAUCUCGCCUGCUGGGGCGUAUCUUAAGUUAAAGAAAAAUGGGUUUGGAGGUCCAACUCCAAAUUUCCCUCUAGGAAAUCAUAAGGAAAUCAAAAAUAUUAGUAGGAAAGCCGCAGCAGCAGCAGCAGCAGCUUCUUCUUCUACUAAUAUUACUACCUUUUCUUCUCCUGGGACCUCACAAAUCUCUAACGAUAUUCAUUCUUCAGUUUUUCCCUACUUCUCUCAAUGGCAAAAGUCUCAUGGUAAGACUCAUGACCUUCUUCUUCUGAAUCUUCCUGUCUCUACGUAUGCAUAUUUGUUACAGAUUCAAGGGUUUCUUUUCAAGACAAGGAAGGUAUUCAUUUACUGGUUAGGUACAGAGCCAUUUCUGUACAUAGCAGACCCAGAGUUCCUAAAACAAAUGAGUUCAGGGGUGAUGGGAAAGACUUGGGGAAAGCCUGAAGUGUUUAAACAUGAUAGAGAGCCCAUGUUUGGUAACGGUUUGGUCAUGGUUGAAGGUGAUGAAUGGGUUCGCCACCGCCAUGUUAUCACCCCUGCGUUCUCUCCAGCCAACUUGAAGGCCAUGUCAAGCUUGAUGGUGGAGUCCACCACAAAGAUGCUAGACAAGUGGGCUGCCCUCAUAAAUUCCGGCAGCCAAGAAAUCGACGUCGAGAGAGAAAUCACCGCGACGGCUGGAGAGAUCAUAGCCAAGACAAGCUUUGGCAUAAGCUAUGAAAAUGGUAGCAAAGUGUUUGAAAAACUAAGGGCAAUGCAAAUCACUCUAUUUAAAUCAAACCGUUAUGUAGGAGUACCCUUUAGCAAGCUCGUGUUCCCUGGGAAAACCAUGGAGGCCAAAAAACUCGGAAAAGAAAUCGAUGCUCUCCUCUUAACUAUCGUAACAGCUCGUAAGAAUUCUAAUGAGGGGUGCGGUCAAAAAGACUUGCUAGGGUUGCUGCUCCAGGAGAACGGUGUAGAUGGGCGGUUAGGGAAGAAGUUAACAACAAGGGAAUUGGUCGAUGAGUGCAAGACUUUCUUCUUCGGUGGCCACGAGACCACAGCAUUGGCUCUUUCAUGGACAUUGCUGCUUUUGGCGAUGCAUCCAGAGUGGCAAAACCAGCUGAGAGAGGAGAUUAGAGAAGUUACAGGAGAUAAGGAAAUCGAUUUCACAAAGCUUGCUGGACUUAAGAAGAUGGGAUGGGUGAUGAAUGAGGUGUUAAGACUGUACUCACCAGCCCCUAAUGUACAAAGGCAAGCUAGAGAAGACAUUCAAGUAAAUGACCUAAUAAUACCUAAAGGAACCAACAUGUGGAUCGAUGUUGUAGCCAUGAACCAUGACCCUAAACUAUGGGGAGAAGAUGUGAAUGAGUUCAAGCCAGAGAGGUUCAAGGAUGACUUGUAUGGUGGAUGCAAACACAAGAUGGGGUUCUUGCCUUUUGGGUUUGGAGGAAGAAUGUGCAUUGGGAGGAACUUGACAAUGAUGGAGUAUAAGAUUGUGCUAACCCUAGUUCUCACCAGGUUUUCAUUCUCCAUCUCCCCGAGUUACAGUCACUCUCCUGCGAUUGUUCUCUCCUUGAGGCCUAGCAAUGGCUUGCCACUCAUUGUCAAACCCCUAUAG